CUUCCUCUCAACAUUAUGCGACUCCGACUCUCCGAGCGAAACACUUGCGCUAACUCGGAGUACGGACAACAACUUGACGCCGGAGAGAGCAGUAUCCUGUGCUGCAGAGAGAGAGAGAGAGAGAGAGAGAGAGAGAGAGGAAGGCUGGCUGGGAGAGAGAGAAGGGGGGGGGGUAAAAGUUAGGAGCACGGUCGGGCCUCUCUGGAGCAUUCUUGGCAACCGUAAAUUAAGCGGAGUGGCGAGCUGCUGCGAGAAAUGGGCUUGUCUUGUACCAGCGAGAGAGGAAGGUAAUGUAAAUAAGCCUGGUUGACCUUUGAGACUAUAGCUCUGCUGCGUGAAUUUUUCUUUUUUAUUCUGCGGCCGUAUUUUACCUCUUUUCCGGCAUUAUGGAAUAGUUCUCGUGCAAGUGGCUGUAAAUAGGUCGCGACGAGGAAUUUUAAUCGUCACGAGAUUUAAGAUUGUGCGAUAAAGUUUCGCGGAAUAGAAGUAGUCAUCGUCAAAAAGCGAAGCGGCGCAUCUCGAUGUAAGCUCGGUAAUCGCUUGUAAAUCAGCGCGAAUUUCAUCGGGUCUCGGAAUUAUAAAGUCGCCGACGACGACCCAGAUUCGAGUCAGUGAGUAGUCGUGUCUGUCAAGAUGAAGCUGUUCGCCGUUGUACUCGUGUUUUUCGCAUUGGGAUCGAGUUCGGUCGCUCUCGAUGAGGAGGAACGCGGAGUGCUGCGUCAGAUACGUAACGUUUGCGUUGUCGAAUCUGGCUUGAGUCCAUACGAGCUUGGAUUCAUCUACAGAGCCAUUCGUCCAGCCAAAAAGUUGGCGCAGGCUUCGAGAUGCGUCAUCCAGAAAAUUAGCGAACUACAAAGCGAAAAUGAGACAGUAAAACACAUCGCUGACCGCGGGAAGGCUGCCCUCGCGAACGCUCCUAUUUCAAAUAUCGCGGACAACGUCCUAGGCUCCUGUCAGAAUUUGCUUGGACAAAAUGGCUGCAUACAGGUGUUGGAACUCGCAGCCAAGAUCAUCGACAACCUCCGAAGCCGACGGCAAUAAGUACCCGAUAUAAAUCCCAAAAUCUUACGCUAAUAUCUCACGAUGUGUAACAACGCAAAUAAAAGUCUACUCCAAUCGCA